UCAAAAUAUUUUGACGUCUCGAACAGUUUCUAAAAAAUAUCAAAUUAAAAAAUGGCAGCGGAAAUCAAACCGGCUACACAAACUAACGAUAGAUUUUGUACAACGAAAAAGCCCGUCCUUCUGGCCAAACUAGAUGGGUGCAGCGAUGAUAACGCAGCAGUAAUUAUUCCAGGAGAAGACGGUGUUAUCAGUGUCUCGGAUGAUAAGACUGUGAGGGUAUGGCUAAAAAGAGAUUCAGGUCAAUACUGGCCGAGUAUAUGCCAGUACAUGCCAAGCGGUACCACUUCUGUCUAUUACACUGUGGAAACAAGACAACUCUUUAUAGGACAAGAAAAUGGAACUGUAUCAGAAUUUUCUCUUGCGUCUGAUUUUAAUAGAAUGAUGCCAGUAAGGGAGUACCUAGCUCAUCAGGCCAGAGUCACCGAUAUUAUAUUUUCAAUUAAUUGUGAAUGGGUACUCAGUGUUGGGAGAGAUAAAGUAUUUUCAUAUAAUUGUACUCAAACAGGUCGAAAUAUUGGGACAUACAAUGCUGAAGCUUGGUGUACAGCUUUACAAUUCGAUGCACAGUCAAAACACGCUUUCAUAGGCGAUUACUCAGGUCAAAUAACUAUGCUUAAGGUAGAUAAUAAUGGACCCACUGUCAUAACCACCCUAAAAGGUCACUCUGGUUCGAUCCGGUCACUUUCUUGGGAUGUUGCCAGGCAGAUGCUGUUUAGCGGUUCCUUUGAUCACACUGUUAUUGUUUGGGAUAUUGGAGGCCAACAGGGGAACGCUUAUGAGCUACAAGGUCAUCAUAAUAAAGUGUCGGCUUUGCAUUAUUCAGACUCUACCAAACAAUUAAUCAGUGCUGGAGAGGAUGGUGUUAUUGUUUUUUGGGAUAUGAACCAGCCUAGACAAGAAACGCCGGAUUGGAAGGAGUCAGAUGUGUGUCAGCUUUGUGGAAGGCCCUUUUUUUGGAAUUUGAG